ACAUUUCACCCAACUUGAAGUUCCGACGUCCUUGUCAUAGCAUCAUUUGGGUUGGAGGCGUAUGGAAGUCCUACCCUGUGUCGCUUAAGGAUCCAACCUUCCUAGAGUGCACACAACCUCCGAUCUUACAAGACUGCACGUUCCUUCACCGUAUUCGAGCCCACUACUCUACCUCUGAGUCAUGGGCAUCAAUACUUUGUGUUACCGUGAUAGACGCUUGGUCGUGGAGAUAAGAGAUUUGGCAUGGAAAGACGCCUUUAUGAAGUCGUCCAAAUCACGAAAGUGCACAGCAAGAACACACUCAAAUUACUCAGGUUUUCGCUGAGCCGCGUUUCGACGAAGCAUAUCCACCAUGCGUGUAGCUGUUGCCGGUACUUGCAGCCUCGCACUCCUGAUUGCUCAAAAGAUCCAGGAGUCAACCAGUCAUCAAGUUAUUAUUCUGUCCAGAAUAGUGAGUAUCAAGAAAACCAGACUGUCCUCAUAUCGCAAGGUUAUCAGUGCCAAGUUGUGAACUACAAGAGUUCGUCAUCCCUACAGCACGCAUUGAUGGGCGUGGACACAGUCAUUUCGACAGUGACCGGCAAGCCCCAGCUCCGACUCAUCGAAGCAGCCGUGCAGUGUCGCGUUCGUCGAUUUGCUCCAGCCGAGUUCGAAGGCCAACCAGGGCAGCGAGUGCCGAACAGCAUACUAGACCGCGGCCAGAGCCCAGCUCUCAAUUUGCUCCGGCAAUACGCUGCAUACAUCCAGUCGACUGCCUUUGUGUGCGGCAUCUUCUACGAACGCUUCGCUGUUGGCGGGCUUCGAGCACACCAGAUCGGCGCCAACAUCGCAAGUGGUGAAGGAGACUACAUUGCAGACCUUCGCAACAUGACUGCGGUAGCACCAGUCUACGAUGCUGCAAACAACUACUCGUACCUUUGCUUGACAUCGAUAUACGAUGUCGCCAAGUUCGUGGUCCGGUCAUUGGAUAUACCGCGUUGGCCUGUGGAGAUGUCCAUGUGCGGCGAGAGGAUGAGUGUCAACGCUCUCAUCGAGCUCAUCAAGACAUGCAGAGGUCGUCCGUUGCAUCCUCUUGAGUGGCAGAACCCAUCAGGUCUCCAGUAUCAACUCAGCGUCGCUGAUGACAUUACCCAGCAGCAACGUAUCGCAACACAUCUGGCCACGGCCGAAGGACGUUACGACUUCGUUACACCUGCGUACUUGAAUUCCAUGUAUCCGGACGUACUGACGACCUCCUUUCAAGCUUGGCUGUCGCACACCUGGGCUGCGAUACCCUAACCGAGCGGUAUUGUUACUGAUAAACUUCCGUCCUAGAAGCUUUUUUUCGCGUAAUUACCACCCUGCAGCAACCACAAUCAA